AUGAUUGCUAGUAACAUAGCACUGAGGAUUAUCUUCAUCUCUCAGAUUGGAGUUGGGGCCCUGGGGAACUCCUUUCUCCUGGGCCUUUAUACCAUCACCUUAUGCAUUGGCCCCAGGAUGAGACCCAUAGAUUUUCUUCUCAUACAGUUGGCCUUUGUCAAUGAUUUGGUGCUUCUCUCCAAAGGGAUCCCUCAGACAAUGGCUGCUUUUGGGCUCAACAAUUUCUUAGAUGAUGUGGGAUGUAAACUUGUGUUUUACCUUCACCGAGUGGCCCAGGGCCUUUCUCUCUCCACUACCUGCCUCCUGAGUGGAUUCCAAGCCAUCAUUUUAAGUCCUAGAAGCUCUAGGUGGGCAGAACUCAAAGUCAAAAUUCCAAAAUGCAUUGUCCCCUUCUGUCUCUUGUGCUGGGCCCUAGAUCUACUGAAAAAUUGUGUUAUUCUUAUAUAUAUUAAAGGCUUACAGGACAAUGAAAACAUCACUAGCACUCAGGAUUUUGGUUUUUGCUCAGCAUCAUUUAAUCCCUCAUUUAUUUCUUCACUCUAUCUAUCCAUGAUUUCCCUUCCUGAUGUUGUGUGUCUAGGAAUCAUGGUGUUGACCAGUGGCUCCAUGGUGAUUACCCUAUACAGACACCAUCAAAGAAUCCAGAAUAUUCACAGCACCAGCUUUUCCUCUAGAACCUCCCCUGAGACCAGAGCCACGCAAACCAUAGUGGUGCUAGUCAGUAUGUUUAUUUCCUUUUACUCACUCAAUUGUAUCUUAGUAUGUUGUGUGCACUCUGGAAAAGCACCUUUGUGGCUGGUUCAUACCUCUGCUUUCUUGGCUGCCUGCUUUCCAGCUUGUAGCCCCUUUGUGCUGAUCACCAGUGACUCCCAAAUCACUAAGUACUCCUUAGCUAUCUGGGGAAAGAUAAAGUCCUGA